UUUGUAGAUCGUGCUUCCGAUCUUUUGCAUUUCACGCAUCCUUCUUAUUCAUUCUACCCCAGUAGACCUCGGAAGGUAGUAGCUAAACGUUUCACGCACUUCAAAGCUUAUCGUCAAUAUCUCGUAAUGGUUCGUGCAUGGUUAAUGUGCUCACCGGUGAUCAACCAAUCUGCACCAUGCAGUCGUGAUCCUUCAGUUGAUUUGUCGACAGCCAAACUUCAUCAACUUGGCAUUUUAACACAAUAUGUGCCAGUGGUCGAUAAAAAUGGGCUUUUGGACAAAAUAUGCAAAGAACGAGGGUAUACAAUCCGUGAUAAAUUAGUGGUGAGCCGAGAUGUAACGCCUGAUUAUGAUACCGAGGUGUGCAAGCGUCCAUAA